CACACCCAUGUGAACUGCCUUUCCAACCAAAUUCCUCACAUAAAACAUUGUACGAGAUUUUGCCCAUACCCCUAAUUUGUGUAGAACACUGCUUUCUCUCUCUCUCUCUCUCUCUCUCUCUCUCUCUCUCGGGUCUCUAAUGUUUUUCUGUUGGUUGGGUUUGCUUUAAUAUUUGUUUCUCUUCUCACUUUUUGGGCAAGUUUUCCUCUGCACUGGUUUCCCAGAAAUCUUACUAGAUUCCUAGCUUUUAACUUGUGUUUUAGGCAACAUAUCAAUGGCUCUUGGUCUUGCUUUCUCAUUAUAUGCCUGAGCUUGUGGUUUGAGAAAGUAAGAUUUACCUUAGUGGAGGAUUUUGUUUCCUUAAUUGGGUUGGUUGCUGUAGGACUUCUCCCUUGUUGUUUUUUUUUUUGGGGGCUUUGUAUUUGCUUGCAGAAUCAAUGCUUGACUGAUGGGUUUUUAUUCUCGGUGAAAUUCACUGAUAAAAAGGGUCUCUUUUUUUUGGGGAUAUUUUAUACAAUUGAAGCCUAGAUUAGUUGUUCUGGGUAUGUGAAAUUUCUGCCACGGAUGGCAUCUGUCAGUGGUUUAGGAAUAGGUUUGAGUUUAGUCUUUGGUUGCCUUCUUUUGGCACUUGUUGCAGAGCUCUACUAUUUGCUAUGGUGGAAGAAGAGAGUCACCAACGGAGAAGUUGAAGAUGAGGAUUAUAGCAGCAACUAUGCAAAGGAAUUCUUUGACCUAAUCUGCUGGAAGAAACCCUCCUCUUUGCAAGUUAACAACACCAUUCAAGACAGAGUGAGAGACCCAGAAGCACAUGGCCAAGAACCAGACUUAGAAUUAGGCACAAGCAAGGAUUUGCUUCUAAAAGCUUUUGGUGAAGAAAGUGUAGAAUCAGAGCUCAUGAGGCUACACAAUCUCGCAGGCCCACCAAGAUUUCUCUUCACAAUCAACGAGGAAACAAAGGAGGAUUUGGAGUCUGAAGAUGGGAAAUCUAGGGGCGAUAGGAGGUCAAGAACAAGAAGUUUGAGUGAUCUUAUAGUGGCUGUUGACACUCCAUUCCUUACCCCUUUAGCUUCUCCACGUUUAAAGUCUCCUCCUUUGGAUUCUUAUAAUCAACAUGGAUUCAAUCCUCUCUUUGAAUCAUCAACGGAUGCAGAGAUUAACAGGCUGAGAUCAUCACCACCGCCAAAAUUCAAGUUCUUGAGAGAAGCAGAGGAGAAAUUGUUCAGAAAAUUAAUGGAAGAAGCUGAGAAAAGGGCAGCUAAAAACUGUGCCUCUGUUCAAGAUUCUGGGAUUAAACCUCCUAAUUCAACAAUGAUAACAGAGGAGACAAAGGGUUCUUUCCUGGGCUUCAUUGUUAGUAAAAACAACAAGGAAAGAGAUAUUCUUAAUCAUCUUCCUCAAUAUCCUUCAAGCUCUUCUCAGGUACUCCCAUUGGCUUCUUCACCAACAGCAUUCAGACCAUUAGACAAGAAGCCCACUUCCCAUUAAUUUAAUUUGUUCUAAAUUAACAUGAAAUGAGUCUUAUUUAUGAUUUUUUUACUAUUAUUUUAUGUUUCAAAAUUAAUAUUUGUGCAUUGGAGUUCUGAA